AUUCGCCAUAAUCCGAAGACCUAAUCUCUAUCCGUAAAAAUAAUUGCAUUUUUAGGGUAUAGGUUAUUACGUCUCCCUCGAUGCGGUGACUUUAAAUAAAUAAUAAUAAUAUGGGCGUGGGGAUGAGCCUUCCAACCUGACUGAGUUCUAAACUCUCUUUAUAAAAAAAAAAAUAAUCGCAUUUCUAGGAGUGAAAGAACAUGUGUAGUAUGUUUGCAUUUUUAGGGGCUCACCUCCUUAAGAGAGCGUUGCUCAUAUGAUAUGUGAAAUUUAGCUACUCCGUGGUGAUGGGUGUGAGUUUGACUCUGAUCAAGAGAGUCUCUCUGCUUCCCCUUCCCGCCAAAUUCCGAACUUUGUCUCAGUUUUCAUUCACCUUCUCCAAUCACUAUUGCUCCUCUCCUCUCAACCUAGACCAUACUCUCCUCCAUUUCACCUACGAUUCCGAGUCAUUCUUUGCCUCUCUCAUCGAUAAUUCCACCCACAAGAGCCACUUGAAUCAAAUCCAAGCGCAGUUACUUGUACUUGGUUUCGAAGCCAGCAGCUUUUUAAUCACCAAAUUGGUCAACUGCAGCUCAAACCUCGGGUACAUUUCAUACGCCCGCCAGGUGUUCGAUGAAUUUACUGACCCGAAUGUGUUCCUGUGGAAUGCAAUCCUUCGGGUCUAUUCGAAGCACAAUGCGUUUGCUGAUGCCGUAGAAAUGUAUUGUAGGAUGCAAGAGACCGGUGUGAGUCCAGAUGGCUUUACUUUCCCUCAUGUGCUCAAAGCUUGCGGUGGCUUGGCCGCGCUUGAAAUGGGCCGCCGGGUUCAUUGCCAGGUGUUUCGACAUGGUUUUGAGUCGGAUGUGUUUGUGCAGAACAGUCUCGUGGCCUUUUAUGCCAAAUGUGGUAGAGUAGAACGCGCUAGGAUUGUGUUUGAUGGGCUGGGUGAGAGGUCUGUUGUUUCGUGGACUUCGAUUAUUUCAGGGUAUGCGCAGAAUGGCCAGUGUUUGGAAGCUCUGAGAGUUUUUAGUGUGAUGAGGGAGUUGAAUGUUAGACCGGAUUGGAUUGUUUUGGUUAGUGUUCUCAAAGCGUAUACUGAUGUAGAGGACUUGGGACAGGGGAGGUCUGUUCAUGGUUGUUUAGUUAAAAUGGGACUUGAAUUUGAACCUGACUUGGUCAUUUCACUCACAGCCAUGUAUGCUAAAAGUGGGCAGGUGAUGGUUGCCAGAUCAUUUUUUGAUAAGAUGGAAAGACCAAAUGUAAUGAUGUGGAAUGCUAUGAUUUCUGGCUAUGCAAAGAACGGUCACGCUGAGAAAGCUGUAGAGCUAUUCCGUGAGAUGAUCUCUUCUAGAAGCAUUAGAAUUGAUUCAAUUACUCUGAGGUCUGCUAUCUCAGCAUGCGCCCACGUGGGUUCUCUUGAACUAGCGAAAUGGAUGGAUGAUUAUAUCAGCAAAAGUGAGUAUAGAAAUCAUGUUUUUGUUAACACAGCCCUAAUUGAUAUGUAUGCAAAAUGUGGUAGUGUAGAUUUUGCUCGCAUGGUCUUUGAUAGAACACCUAAUAAAGAUGUUGUCGUCUGGAGUGCAAUGAUUGUGGGCUAUGGAUUGCAUGGUCGAGGACAAGAAGCCAUUGAUGUUUACUAUUCUAUGCAGCAGGCUGGGGUGGUACCAAAUGAUGUUACCUUUCUUGGACUCCUUAUCGCAUGCAACCAUUCAGGCCUUGUACAUGAGGGAUGGGAGCUUUUCCACCGCAUGAGAGACUAUGGGAUUGAGCCUGGAAACCAUCAUUAUUCGUGUGUGGUUGAUCUUCUGGGACGUGCAGGCCAGUUGGAACAGGCUUAUGAUUUUAUACAAAAGAUGCCAAUUGAACCUGGUGCAAGUGUAUGGGGAGCACUUCUUAGUUCGUGCAAGAUCCAUCGAAAUGUGACUUUGGGAGAAUAUGCUGCAGAAAAGCUUUUCUCAUUAGAUCCAUAUGAGAUAGGGCAUUAUGUUCAACUGUCAAAUCUCUAUGCUUCAGCCCGAUUAUGGGAUCGUGUUGUACAUGUGCGAGUACUGAUGAGGGAGAAAGGACUGAUCAAGGGCCUUGGACAUAGUUUGAUUGAGAUCAAUGGAAAACUUCAGGCAUUUCAUGUAGGAGACAAGUCACAUCCAAGGUCUAAGGAAAUAUAUGAAGAGCUUGAGAGUCUAGAGAGGAGGUUGAAGGAGGCUGGAUUUGUUCCACAUACAGAAUCCGUCCUGCAUGAUUUGAAUUAUGAAGAGACAGAGGAGACACUUUGCAAUCAUAGUGAGAGGCUGGCAAUUGCUUAUGGCCUCAUCUGUACUGCUCCUGGAACUACACUAAGAAUAACUAAAAACCUACGCGCGUGUGUGAAUUGUCAUGCAGCAACUAAGCUAAUAUCUAAGCUUGUCAACAGGGAGAUAGUUGUCAGGGAUGCAAAGCGUUUCCACCAUUUCAAGGAUGGAUUUUGUUCCUGUGGAGAUUAUUGGUGAAAGGGAAAGGCCAGCGCUAUAUUUUCUUUGCUAUACAUUGAAUGCUGUGAAGAAAGGCGUAUUAGAGUACAUGAAUCAGCAGUACCUGUUGUUACAGAUCUGAGACAGAUGUAUCGCCAGGCUGACACUGGUGCCAUUGUCACCUUGCUUUCCAGGCUAGGUGGGUGACUGAAACUAUAUGCUAGAUUUCCUUGGGGCUUUAGUGUAUGUUACAAAAUUGGAUAAGCUUAUGACUGCUCCAUAUGCAAUUUUGAUUAUCAAUGGACAGGAUAGUUAUGCUAGACUAUAAUAUGUCUGCAUGAUUGAAAAGGAUAAGAAACAGGUGACCCUUUGUGACCGUGAUAAUGAUUGUCAAAGAAGCUAAUGAGGAUACUUGCCAAUUUAGAGAUGGGGGGAACCGAUGGUUAUGUUGAGUAAGGUACACCGGGCAAGUCCAGCAAAAUCUGUAAUAUAGAGCAGGAUGUUUCUCAAAGUUAUUGCACCUCCACCUCACAUCAGUGAGGUGGUGGAGCAGAUAUUUGCCAAAGAAGGCAAAAGUGAGGGACCAAUUUGUUCAAUGUGAUGAAUUAAUAAUGGUAAUUCAGCCAUGGCAUUAUCCCCUUGAGUGCGGUAGGUAGAGUUGAAGAAUAGCUCAUCGCCAGGCAGAGUUUGUGACAAUUUGUUGGUUCAUCACUGGAUACGAUAAUUAAAGGAGAUGUACUCUAUGAGACUAUGAUUACCUUCUCUGUUUUUUUUUUUUUUUGGUUAUAUUUUCUGGGAUUAGUGAGAGGACAUAGAGGUAGUACAACAAGCCACACCAUGCUUACAAAUUGUCUUGAGAUACAGUUACUUUUAAUCAUGAUACUUGAAAGUUACCUUUCUCUUUAACUGCAACAUAUUCUACAUGAUAUGGUGAAUUUCUAUCAGACUGACACAAUUUUGCGUUGUAUUGCCUGUAAUUGUCAGCAUAAUGUGAAGUGAAGUUUUGUUAGUGUUCACGAGCUUCAUCUGUGAGAACUAAAAACUACAUGUAACAUACAUUAGCGGGCUACAGGUGCUAGUGCCAUACAUGCCUCUUCUUGUAUGACUAUAAAAUCAAUGAUAGUGAUUCCCUUCUACUUUG